GCCACUUAUGGGAAGAACUGAGCCUGGAAAGACUGCAUCCCAUGGGAGAGAAUGGAGCUCAGGAGCUGGGUCACAGGAGAAAGUAGCCAUCACCAUGGACACAAGCCUGGACCAGUCCUUCUUCCCUGGCAAUCACUGGCUGUACUUGUCCAUGUACCUCUUCACCUUCCUCGUGGGGCUCCCUGUCAGCCUGGUGGCUCUGGUGAUCUUCGUGGGCAAGCUGCAGCGCCGCCCAGUGGCCACGGACAUGCUCUUGCUGAACCUGACCCUGUCAGACCUGCUCCUGCUGCUCUAACUGCCCUUCAAAAUGGUGGCAGAGGCCAGGGGCAUGUGCUGGCCCCUGCCCUUCAUCUUCUGCCCCUUCUCCAGAUUCCUCUUUUUCACCACCAUCUAUCUCACCUCCCUCUUCCUGGAAGCUGUGAGCAUCGAGCGCUUCCUGAGUGUGGCCUAGCCACUGUGGUACAAGACUCAGCCCAGGCUUCUCCAGGCUGGCCUGGUCAGCGCGGCCUGCUGGCUCCUGGCUGGUGCGCACUGCAGUGUGGCCUAUGUCACUGAAUUCUCAGGGAACUCCUCCCACAACCAGGGUGUCAAUGGCACUUGUUACCUGCAAUUCCAGGAGGAUCAGCUGGCCAUCCUCCUGCCUGUCUGGCCGGAGAUGGCUGUGGUCCUUUUGGAGAUGCCCCUGUUCAUCACCAGCUACUGCUACAGCUGCCUGUUGUGCACGCUUAGUAGCGGAGCCAGCCAUCACCUGCAGAAGAGGAUGGUGGGACUCGUGGCAGCCAUGCUGCUUAACUUCCUCAUCUGCUUUGGGUCCUACAAUGUGUUCCGUGUGGGCUACCUCCAGGGUGAAAGCCCAGGGUGGAGAAGUUACGUGCUGCUCCUCAGCACCCUGAAUCCCUGUGUUGACCCCCUGGUCUACUACUUCUCAUCAUCUGGGUUUCAAGCUGAGUUUCAGAGGCUGCUGGGGAGGCUGCCUGGGGCCUGGAGCCUUCCUAGGCAGGAGAGCAGCUUGAAACUGAUGAAGAAUGAAGGACAGGGGCAACUUCAGGAGCUGUCCAAAGUAGAGAAUAGGUACUGA